GUAUUUUUGCAGUAGUGUGAAUAUACCAGUGUUAUUUUGCAUCUUCACUAUGUCUACCUUUUUCCUUAUAAAAACAUAGACACGACACUCACAAGUCACAAACAAGAGAACCUACGAAAGUAAAAAAAAAAAAAAAAUCAAACUUGUACGAAAUAAUGAACCCUCAUGCUUUAAACAUCAACAUGAAUACCCUUGAUGACAUUGAGCUCCCUAUAACGACGUCGUUUAACGAUGCUUCCGCGUUGGUGCCGCCAACAACGGCAAUGUUUGGAUGGAACUCCAGCUUUCGGAAUGUUUUCUUGGUGGAGAACUGGGCAGAGCUGCCGUUGAAGGAGGAUAACGUGGAAGACAUGGUUAUCUACGGUGUUUUGCAUGAGGCUGCCACCACCGGAUGGCUCCCCGCUAAUGCCAAUGGGGUGAGCAACGUAGGGAUAACUGUGAAAAUGGAAACUAAGAGUCAAAAUAGUGACAAUUCAAUUGCGCGUGGCACUCACGCGCCUCCUAGGAGGGGGUUGAGCUAUCGGGGCCUAAGGAGGAGGCUGUGGGAAAAGUAUGCAGUAGAGAGAUAAGUGUGAGAGUGGGCCUUGGAACCUACAAAACUGUUGAAAAUGCAGCUUUGUCUUAUGAUCGAGUCGCGUU